AGCAUCCCGUUUUCAAUCAGGUUCAUAGUGUGGCCAAUAGGUGGCAGUGUGGUGCAUCAGAAUACCAAGAUGUUUUUUUCCCCCUUUCUCGCUGUGGCCACAUCACAUCCGUGAUCCUGAACAGCAACAAAAAGGAGGAGGUUGUCUGAUAAAACUUUUUCAGAAGUCUUGAGAUGUCCUCAGGUGCGCCAAAGGGAGAGAACUGCCUUGUGGACAUGGACAGCAAGGCUGGAGAUCUGUUUGGUCCAGAGGAUGCUCAUCCGACUGGAACGGGGGGUAGCGGCGCUGCUGGAGUCCUGGCGAAGCUGUGGCUUCCCAAAGGCCUCUCAGUCAGCGUGGCUAAAGAAUGGUUUGACCGCCGCAGGAUGUCCAUUCGACCGUGGGCCAGUUUUGUCGACCAGCGGAAGUUCUCGAAACCUCGAAGCUUCGGAGAGGUCUGCCAGAGGGUGGUGAAGAACGUGGAGGUUUACAACAGCAACUACACCUUCAUCUUUCUGGGUCUCAUUCUCUACUGCAUCAUCAGCUCGCCCAUGCUGCUGAUUGCCUUGGCUGUGUUUGCUGGUGCCUUCUACAUAAUCCAUCUCAAGUCUCUGGAGUCCAAGCUGGUUGUUCUUGGUAAAGAGCUCACCGUCCCCCACCAGAUGAGCUUAGCUGGAGCCAUCUCUCUGCCCGUGUUCUGGUUGGCAGGAGCCGGCGCUGCUGUUUUCUGGGUUUUUGGAGCUACGCUGUUUGUGAUUGGCUCCCACGCCGCCUUCCGGCAGCUGGAGGGAACGGACUUGGACGAGCUCCUCAUGGAGCCCGUGUGACGACCCGGCCGAACUCGAAGCAGCUGCUGAUUGACGGUUGGGCGUCUUUAUGACCCAGUGAUUGCACCAGCCUUCAGGUGUUUGGGGGAGAAACUGCUCUGAAACCUGUUUCCAAGCUAUAUGUGUGUCUUAUAUUCCAGGUAUUUAACAUUAUGGCAUUUAUCAACGCACCUUAGAUUGCGUCAAAGAACUGUUGUUACACUCUUCCAUGUACAUAGCUGGUCAUAUGCACAAAUCAUGAAUUUCUUAAUAAUCAAUUAAAGCACAUUGUGAGAUGAUGGGCCUUGAUCUGCAUAUUUCUAACCUCUUUUGCCUCUGCUUUGUGUCAUGAAGCCUCUUGCUCCUUACUGAUGUACUCGCCAUCUAUAAAUAGAGCUUCUGCAAUGAACUCUCUGCUGUAGAUAUUUAUAAACUGCUGUUCAUGUGUAAUUUUCAAAGGUAAAGUGCCAUAUAAAGCUUUAAAAUGCCUGUUUUUAUUGAAUAAAAUGUUAAUUUGAGAAAAGCUCCUGGAUCAUUUUCAGGGUACUGAAGGCCUGCUGUGUUGAGUUUCACCGUUCUCACAGUGUGAAUAUUUAAUCAAUCUGCUUUGAACGUUCAGCUAAUGAAAGCAUGUUUCAGAAAUGUACCGUUUGUUUACGUGUGAUGGAAAUGGUGUGGUUUUUUUUUUUUUUUUUUGUAUUGGAAUUUUUGGAAGUGCAAUAAAUCCUCGUUACUGAUUGGUCCUUAAA